AUGCUCGUGGAGGACGAGGACCUCAUCUUGGCCCAGCUCGAGGCCUCCGACGACGUCGAGGACCACUUCGCGCGCGCCGAGAGCGCGGUGCUCGAGCUGCUCCGCUACGACCGCUCGUUUCGCGACGCGAGCCCCCCGGACCGCAACAGGGCCGAGCUCGUCGUGGGCCGCCUCUUCCAGUCGACGGCCUGGAGCGAGCACGACGAGCGCAGGCGCGUCGCCGACUUCGAGGCCCUCGACCACGACCUGCGCGCCGCCAUCGGGAUCGCCGUCCGGGACGCCUCCGCGCAGACGACCGCGGACGACGAGCGCGACGCCCUCGGGCUAGCCGCGGAGACGCUCGAGAGCCUGGCGGCCUUGAUGGCCGCGAAGAUCGUGACGACCUAUGCGUCCCUCGAGGCGCGGCUCCUCGAGAACGGCGACAGCGUAAUAUGGAUGAACUACUUCGGCCUCACGAUGCGCGACAUCCUCCUGUGCAUCAGCGAGGAGAACGAGUCGACGGAGGCCGACAUGCACGUGCGCGAGCGGCGCACGGGCGGGCGCGGCAUGGUGCUGAGGUUCUGGCGCCACCACAACGGCCACGUCUGGGCCGAGGUGCGCUUCAUCAACGGCGACACGCUGACGGUGCGGUCGACGAACCUCGAGCGCGUGUCGCUCAGCGACGACGAGGUCGAGGCCCUGUCCAAGUUCGAGGCGCUGCCCGCGGACCCCCUGGAGCUCCUGCAGCGCACCAUCGACCGGAGCGUGCGCGUCACGGCCGACGACGGCGUCGAGCUCACGAACGAGUUCGACGAGGUGCUCCAGGCCGACGGCACCGCGCUCACCGCCGACGACCUCUCCGUGAACCGCCGCGGCGACGGCCGCGUCGUGCCCGAGGGCGGAAUCGACGAGGAGGCGGCCCUCGAGGCGUCGACGAGGGCGCGCGCGGGCCGCGCGACGACGCGGACGCGGCAGCUCGUCUGCCGCGCGUGCGACGACGACCCGGCGAGCGCGGUCGUGACGUGCGACAUCUGCGUGCGCCGCGCGCGGGGGAGCCGCGCCGAGUGGCGCGUGUCCCUCAACUCCAACGGCGUCCUCGACAACGGCGUGCUCCACAAGAUGCGGAGCCACUGCGGCCAGUUCGCGUCCGUCCGCCACGCGUCGACGCUGGAGCACUGCGUCGCGCUCGGCCGCCUCUCCGGCCGCGUCUUCUCGACGCGCGCGGCGACGACGGGCAAGGGCGCGGCCCGCGACGCGCGGGGCUCGGCGCUCGCCGCGCGGGGGCCCCGGGGCAAGCGGCCCGCGGCGCGCGCGGCCGGCGCGGCGCCGGAGAAGCGGCCCCGCGCGUCGCUCGCGAAAAAGGACGACGGGCCCCGGCUCCAGAUCUUCGACGUCAACACGGGCCGCUACGUCGACGUGAAGAAGGACGCGGGCCGCGGCAUCCGCUACCACCGGCUCCGCCACCGGCUCCGGGGCAUCCUCGAGGCGCACGGCGCCGCCGCCGCGCCGGCCGCCGACGCGUCGGACCCCGAGCCCGCGCCCAAGUCGACGGCGGACAAGUGCUUCGAGCUCGCGGCGCUGCUCCUCGAGGGCGGCUUCGUCGGCAAGCUGCCCGUCGCGCGCGCGGCGGACGUGCGCGCGCUCAGCGACGCGCGGCGCGCGCUCGAGGCGCGGCCGGACCUCGAGGACGUCGUCCUCCGCGACGACGAGGCGGACCCGGAGGAGCCCGCGGCGGCCGCGGCGGCCGCGGCCGCGCGCGCGGCGGCCGCGGACGUCACGGCGUCGCGGCGCCGCGAGCGCAUGGCGCUGCUGCUCGUCGCGCACCAGCUCUGGACGCCGUCGCGGACGCGGCGCUUCGUCGGCGGCGUCGCGCCGGACGCCGACGACGACGCGAGGCGCGACCGCGAGGGCGCCGAGGCCGCGAGCCGCGACGCCAUGGACGUCGAGGCCUUUUGCGCCGCGGACGCGGCGGGCCGCGCGCUCGACGGCGCGAACGUCGGCGCGUGGCGGGCCGCGCUCGAGGCCGGCGGCUUCGAGCCGGGCCUGCGCGUCGAGGGCCCGGCGAUCCGCGAGCCCGCGCCGCCGCCGCGGAAGCUCGGCGCCGAGGCGCCGUCGGCGUCGGCCGCGCGGUGCCGCCGCGCGGUCGCGUCCGCGCGGCUCUCGGGCGCGCUCGAGCCCCAGCGCGAGGCCGCCAUGGAGAACGACGUCUUCACGGGCCGCCACCGCACGCGGACGACGCCCGACGCCGUCCUCGACGCGGGCUGGACGCGGCACUGGGACGUCGUCACGGACGUCGCCGGCGCGUUCGCCCGGGCCUUUGGCGCCGCGACGGACGGCUUCGUCGACGACGGCGUCUGCGAGGCGCUGCUCAAGGAGGCGCGGCGGCUGCCGGACGUGGGGGCCUACAUCGGCGCGCACCUCGUGCGGAGCCUGCUCGCCGUCUUCGACCUGAAGAUCCCGCUCGUCGAGUGGGGCGCGUUCACCAUGUCCGACGACUCCGUGGGCCAGAUGGUCAAGCUGCUCGGCGACGACGCGCGGACGCCCGUGGCGCUCCUCGCGGCGCUCCGCAAGCGCCUCGACCCGGCGCGCGCGCCCUUCUUCUUCGAGGGCGGCGGCGCCGGCGACGGCGGCGCCGCGGCGCCGGCGGCCGCGGGCCGCUGCGACGCGGGCGCGCUCGCGCUGCUCCUCUGCGAGGUCCACUCGUGCUGGGCGCUGAUCACGCGCCACAGCGUCCACCACGCGCAGUGGGCCUUCGAGCGCGUCGUCGGGACGCUCCGCGACACGCCCGCGGGCUGGGCCGACGCAGUCCGCGAGGUGCUCCUCGACGAGUACCACCAGCCCUUCGACGACGCCGUCGUCUACCACCCGGCGCACAAGCUCGUGCUCAUCUCCAUGGUCGCCAAGGGCCUCCACGACGUCAACGUGCUCAAGCUCCCGCCGCCGGCGACGUACGCGGCGCGGCCCGACUUCCGCGUGCUCGCGCCGGGCGACGACGACGCGCCGGCGCGGUCCGACGCGUCCGAGUCGCCCCCGCCGCCGCGGCAGGUCGAGUACAUGGCGCCCUACGGCCGCGGCGAGCUCGCCGUGCCCGUCGACCGCGGCGACUGCGCGCCGGACGGGCCGGACGUCGCCGAGGCCGCGUCCGCGCUCCUCGCGGCCGUCGACGUGCUCCCGCCCCUGCCGCCGAUCCCGCGCGUCGAGCCCACGACCACCUACCAGCACUACGUCCGCGACCUCGACGUCGACGCGGAACUCGACGACGCGCCGCCGCUCGCCGCGGCGGGCUGACGCCACGGUCGCCCGUAAGCUGCCUUUCGUUCGC